AUGGCUGAAGACUUAACCGCUCCAUCUUUGAAUCUAUCGCCCGAAGAAUUUCGACUGUUUGGACACCUAUUCCGCCAAGCUGAUGUUGAAGGGAUUGGUGUGGUGACGGGCGAAGUCGCGGUCAAGUUCUUUGAAAAGACCAGGCUAGAACCUCGUAUUCUUGGUGAGAUUUGGCAAAUUGCAGAUAAAGAGAAUCGCGGGUUGCUUACGCCGGAGGGGUUUGGGAUAGUGCUGCGGCUCAUUGGCCAUUAUCAGGCAGGAAGAGACCCAACACCUGAACUCGCGUUACAGCCUGGGCCUCUUCCCAAGUUUGUUAAUUCAUCAUCUAAUCUAGGGCUCAGUCCAAGCAAAAAUACUGCACCAGUUUCCCCAUCAAGCACUUUACAUCCCCAGGCUAGUGGGUCUGGGCUCAUCCGAGUGCCUCCAUUAGCACCAGAUAAAGCAGCCCAGUAUGCGGCUUUGUUUGAAAAAUCAGGAGCACAAAAUGGAGUUCUACCCGGAGAGCAAGCUAAGCAAAUAUUUGAACGGGCGAGUUUACCAAACGAAGUACUUGGAAAAAUAUGGUCCUUAGCAGAUUCAGAACAGAAAGGUGCUCUACAAGUGACCGAAUUCGUUAUUGCAAUGCAUUUGCUUGCUUCUUGUAAAACCGGGAAUUUGCGUUCAUUACCAUCCGCUCUGCCGUAUGGCCUCUAUGAAGAUGCAGCACAAGGAAUAUUCGGUAGAUCAAUUUCAAAUGCAACUGGAAUAUCAAAUGUCCCAAGGCAGUCAGGAACUCGACCGGGGCAAACGCCUAGUAAGCUUGAUAUAAGAUCGAUUGAAACGUCUCCAAGAAUCCCAACUCAGAAUACUGGGUCAAGCAAUGAUUGGAUCAUAAGUCUAUCAGACCAGGCAAAGUUUAAUGCUAUAUACAACACCCUUGACAAAUCCAAUCGCGGCUUUAUCACUGGAGAAGAAGCAGUACCCUUUUUUAGCGAGUCUAAACUACCUGAAGAAGCGCUGGCCCAGAUUUGGGACCUCGCUGAUGUAAACUCUGCCGGUCGGCUAUCAAGAGAUGAGUUCGCUAUUGCUAUGUAUCUUAUUCGGCAGCAGAGAGGAAGGAGGGAUGGGAGAUCAUCCCUGCCUUCAUCUUUACCAUCCAACUUAAUUCCUCCCAGUAUGCGAAAUCAGGUCAGGCCAGUUGCAGUACCAUCGGCACCUGACUUUGAUGGCCCUGCUACCACUCUACCAAAAUCUGCUGCAGAAGACUUGUUCGGCCUGGAUGCUUUGUCAACACCUAUUAUUGCUUCCAAUCAGCCCUCGCAACUUACUGGAGGCUCUAAAUCACUUGCUUCUGCCUACCCUUCUGAUAUUCCUAAUACCACCUUGCCUUCAACCUUGAAUUCACCUUCGAAACAACCUACAGUUCAGCGUUUUGUUCCCACCUCUUCUUUUGGUCAAUCUCUAACUCAACAAAUCACCGGUGGACGUAAUAAUCAUGCACAAACUAUUGGCUCUCACCCUGCUGCUUCCACUCCCACUGCAGAAGACCUUUUGGGCGAUAAUGAUCCUGAAAUUAGCAAGCAGUUGACGAGCGAUACAGCAGAGGUGGCUAAUCUUACCAAUCAAAUAGGCUCGCUAUCUAAACAAGUGCAAGAUCUACAGUGUUGCAAAAUUACGCAUCAGGAGGAGUUGAGCCAAACAACAACACAGAAGUUAGAGCUAGAGACUCGUUUAUCCCAACUACGAACUCAGUAUGAGCAAGAGCUGAGAGAUGUUCGUGAUCUAGAGAGCCGCCUUGGUUCAUCACAAAGUGAAAGACAAAACUUACUAAAUGAGGUCGAAACACUUCAGAACAAGUUACAGGAUCUUCACAAUGAGCACACAAAACUUUUAAAUUCAAUUAGGGCUGAACAGCAAGAAGAAAUGAAUUUGAAGGAAAGAAUGAGAACUGUACUCGCGGAAAUUGUACAGAUAAAGCCGAUAUUGGAAAAGGAAAGGCUUGAAUCUCGACGGCAGAAAGGUCUUCUGGCCAUUAACAAGAAACAGCUCGCAUUAGACGAGGCCGAAAGAGACAGAAUUAAAAGCGAGAUUGGAGAAAUUACAAAAAAGAAGAGAGAAGGGACUGAACCAACGUCACCUAGCUCGUGGAUACAAAGCGCCGGUCAAUCCACGAUGAAUGCAAACAAUCCAUUUUUUCGAAGGAAAGAAAGCUCGUGCGAAACUUCACCGUCCAGCUUUGCGAUCGCUUCUGGUAGCGCCCAAAAUGUCGAAAAAAACCUUCAGAACGUUUUUGGGGCAGCUUUUGGCUCAGCAGCUGUACCGACAGAAGUUCCACCUCCGUUAACUAUGAAAAGUACGACAAGAACAUCCUCUUUUUGUUCAGUUCCCCCUGCUCUGAAUCAACCGUAUUCCACUGAGCUUAGUGGUCCUCGAAAACUACCGACAACUUUCAAUAGUGAACUGACCUGGAAAAGCCAAAAUCCUUCUGAGCUUCCAUUAUCAGGAGUAAAUCAAGAAUCUAUUCAAGAUUCUAAUUUAGUCAAUGAUAUAUCAAAAUCACUGACAAAUACUCACAACGAAACACUUCCUUGCGAGAUGUCUUCUGGUAAAGAUAUAGCAUCCACUAUUCCCAUGCAAGCCACAGGCAAUCGUGAGAGUAAUUUAAAUAGCCAAUCUAUUUUAAAUACUUUUCAAGAGACAGAGACCGUUAAAAGUGAUUUCGAUACCGCCUUUGCUGGGCUGCAAAGUAUAAACAAGCCACAGGAGCGUACUAGUAGGAGAAGCUCUUCUAGGUCAGGAUCAGUAAGAAAUAUUAAUACUUCAGCUUUCCUAAAGGAAUUCCCUCCAAUAUCUAAAUUGGAAAAUGAAGAUGGUGAAAGCGAUAGCGAAAGCGAAGGUGUUGGCUUUGAUGACGACUUUGCACCACCAUCACCUGGACAUUUGAAAAAAGCGAACAUACUUUCGGAGGAAUUAGAUGUUCGAGAGAAUGAAAGUUCUUCCACCUCGAGACUAAAGCUAAGUCAUCAAAGUCCAGAUAGAAGCUCUAAUUCCACCUCAUCAUCUCUAGAAACUAAAACGCAUCAAGCUACAGUCGAUAAUAUUGUUUCUGCAUCCGACCAAAUAGACUCAAAAUAUCCACCGAAUCCCAAUCAAUCAUCCUCGUGUAAUGUAGCUACAUCCUCACCUAUUCCUUUAGAAUCAAUUACUGCUAGUUCGACAACAGACACGAUUCCAUCUGCACCAGUAACAAAAACGACUUCUAAACCCCCUACACCGCCCAAAAUUCCUUUGGAAAAUGAUAUUGAUGAAUUUGACGAUCUAGAAGAUGCCAAGGAAGGAGAUGCGAAUGAUGAUUUUGUAAGAAUAACUACUGCAAAUCAGCCAAUUAUAGAUGAUUUUAAUCCAUUGUUCGAUAACUCAACACAAUCGGCUAGAAUACAAACUCCAAGUCAAGGGUUAAAAGAGUCACCCCCAGCACCUCUGAUGCCUACUCAGGGUAAAACUACAUCCUCAGUAGUAAAUAGUAAGGACGACUGGGAUGCUAUAUUUGCAGGUUUCGAUCCCUCUCAGGCUAAAGCGGGCUUACACAACCGAAAUGAGGUAUUGGGAUCCCCCGACUCACUUACUACAAUUCCUCUUCGAAUAGAAGAAGAAAAAGGGUUGCAUACUUCUGGACAUCAUGACGAUCCAAUCUUGAAGAAUUUAACGGGGAUGGGUUAUUCCAGGGCUGAAGCUUUGAAAGCAUUGGAAAAAUACGAUUAUGAUUUAGAAAGAGCUGCAGAUUAUCUCGCCAGUCAAUCUUGA